GGCGGCCGCGGCACCAGCGAGCACCGCCUCCCGGGUGCGCAUGCUCGCCCCUGCUGCGCUCUCGCCUUUUUUUUUUUUUUUUUUUCUGGCGGCCCCGGCGGCUGCGUACUGGCUGUGGGAUGGGAAGUGAAGCUCCAGCAAGCGGCUGCAGCGGGGCUGUGAGGAGCAGCCAAGGGGAGGCGGCGGCGGUGGCGGCUUGUCGGUGAGCAGCAGUGAAGAGCGGAGAGAAGAGAAGCACCUGCAGGCACGGGUGGCGGCCCCACCAUGGCGAUUCGCAAGAAGAGCACCAAGAGCCCCCCGGUCCUGAGCCACGAAUUCAUCCUGCAGAAUCACGCGGACAUCGUCUCCUGUGUGGCGAUGGUUUUCCUGCUGGGGCUCAUGUUCGAGAUUACAGCAAAGGCAUCUAUCAUUUUUGUUACUCUUCAGUACAAUGUUACAGUCCCUACAACAGAAGAACAAGCUACAGAGUCAGCGUCCCUUUAUUACUAUGGUAUCAAAGAUCUGGCUACAGUUUUCUUCUACAUGCUAGUGGCAGUAAUUAUUCAUGCCAUAAUUCAAGAGUAUGUGUUGGAUAAAAUAAACAGGCGAAUGCACUUCUCCAAAACGAAGCACAGCAAGUUUAAUGAAUCUGGUCAGCUUAGUGCAUUCUAUCUUUUUUCUUGUAUUUGGGGCACAUUCAUUCUUGUCUCUGAAAAUUACAUCUCAGACCCAACUAUCUUGUGGCGAGCCUAUCCCCAUAACCUAAUGACAUUUCAAAUGAAGUUUUUCUACAUAUCACAGUUGGCUUACUGGUUUCAUGCUUUUCCUGAACUCUACUUCCAGAAAACCAAAAAAGAAGAUAUUCCUCGUCAGCUUGUCUACAUUGGUCUUUACCUCUUUCACAUUGCUGGAGCUUAUCUUCUGAAUUUGAAUCAUCUUGGACUGGUUCUUUUGGUGCUGCAUUAUUUUGUUGAAUUUCUUUUCCACAUUUCUCGCCUGUUUUAUUUUAGUGAUGAAAAGUAUCAGAAAGGGUUUUCUCUGUGGGCAGUUCUGUUUGUUUUGGGAAGACUUCUGACUUUAAUUCUUUCAGUACUCACUGUUGGCUUUGGCCUUGCAAGAGCAGAGAAUCAGAAGCUUGAUUUCAGUACUGGAAACUUCAAUGUAUUGGCUGUUAGAAUUGCUGUUCUGGCGUCCAUUUGCAUUACCCAGGCCUUCAUGAUGUGGAAGUUCAUUAAUUUCCAGCUUAGGAGGUGGAGGGAGCAUUCUACCUCUCAGGCACCAACUGUGAAGAAGAAACCAACAGUGACAAAAGGAAGGUCUUCUAGAAAAGGAACAGAAAAUGGUGUAAAUGGAACAGUAACUUCAAAUGGAGCAGAUUCUCCCCGUAAUAGAAAAGACAAGUCUUCAUAAUGAAUUAAAAGCUAAUUGAUUAAUGUCCCCAAAGAAUUCUGCUUUUGCUAUAUCUUUCAGCAUUAGAGAUUUUUCUGUUCUUGAGAAUACAGUUUAUGCUCUUUGAUUCUUGCUGUUGUACUCUUUCAUGCAUUUUUUAAAGGGCAUUUUAUGGAGGAUGAUUGAAAUGAAUGAAAAAAUGUUUUAGCUUAGACUAAGCUACCUGCCUUCAGAAUAGUUUAGGGACCACCACCGUUUUUUUUUCUUUACCUUUGAACAUUUUUCUAAUGAUUUGGAGAGAUAACUAUUUAUAGAAAUUCCACUUAUCAGUGAUAUAAUUUCUUGCUCAUCAGUUUUUUAUAAUAUUAGCAAUGUGACCUGUUCCAGCAAGGUCAUAUUUUUUAAGUUAUCUUUCAGGGUAAAAUGGAAAUACUAUAAAGUUGGAAGUCAGACUUUGAUAUGUUUUCAGUGUUCUCUAAUUUUUAGGAGUUUUUGUAGCACUUAAACACCUGGAAAAAAAAUUUUGUAAAAUCACCAAAAUAAUUGUGUGCUUUAUUUUAUAGAUAGAAGUUGCUAGUGUUAUAUCCCCCAGACCUCUUUUUUUUUUAAUUAAAAAAGACACAUACUAAUGUUACAACAUGUGGAAAUGUGCUGCCAUAUAUAUGAAAUCAAAUUAUAUUAACAUAAAAGUACUUGUGAAGAAGUAAAAGUUUUCUUGUGCAUUUUAAACACUUGUAAACUGGAAAUCAGAAACGUGUUUACUACAAAAAGGAAAAUCUGACUUAUGUGGCCUUUUUUUUGUCACGUGUAUUAAGAAUGAUUCAUAAUAGGACUUGUCUUAAGUCUUGAUAUGCACGGCAUCUUAGAAAAACAUGUAAAAUCUUUUGAAAAUAAUGCCUACUGGAUUUAUAGCUAUAAAAUGAAUGUCAAGUAAUUAUAUUUGGAAAGCAUUCAGUGGACUAACCUUAAAUUUAAAAAUUCAGGUGGAUAAAUAUAUGAAAGACAGUGCUUUAUGUUGUAACUAUAGCUUUGGUCCCAUCUUUGAUUGAGAAACAUUUAUCUAUAUAAAACAUAUUUUUGGAUAAGUAUAUAUAUAUAUAUAUACACACACAUAUAUAUUUGUAUCUCUACAGAAAGGCUCUAAAAAGCAUUUGAGUAAAAUAUUUGGUUCCCUUUUCUAUAAUUGUCCUUUAGAGUCCUUAUAGCUAUAUUUGACUUUUCUUUGUCUUUACAGUACUGAUAUUGUUCCUUUUGGUGUUCACAUCUUGUUCCCCUUUCUCACUUUCGUCACCAGCUCUAGUUGUGCCGUGUUUUGUGUACAAGUUGCAGACUUGUUGGGUCCGCAGUUUGAGUUGCCAUGCUGCCAUGUUUGUCUUUUUGUUUCCCGCUAUUUACCUAUUUCUGGAAAAAGUAGUAGCUCUCUGGUAGCAUUAUGGAAUUUCAGUGGAACCAAACUUUUGCCAUUAAAAACUGGCAUUAUAUUGAACUUAUACGUUGAGAAAUCAAUCAAAAUAAAACUUUUUACUUUCACAAGCUG